ACUUAUAGACGCGUCUAACAAAUGACUAAAAGUGGUCAACACUUAAUGUUGUCACUCAAGAAUCGGCUUCUGAAAGCCCUGAGCCCAAUGUGAAGAUGAAGUGGUGGCUCUUUAUCUUAUUAUUCAGUAUUGAUUUGCUCAUCGAUGUCUACACAUUACUACUGGUGCACAAAAACAACAACAACAAUAAUAAUAGUAGAAACCAAAUAAUACAUAAGCUUGUAUUGAGGGCUCCUGUAUAUGAUGCCCACACAUCAUAUCAUAAACAUUAACAUCAUAAACAACAACAACAACUACAACAUUACAAUUACAGCAAUUAUUAACAGAGCGUUCAUUAAUUGAAUUUAAUUAGAAAGUUAUGUAAAAAAUCAAAUCCAAAUCCAAAUCAUACAUUAUUUUCAUCUAUUGGACAGAAUUAAGCAAUUAAUUCAUUGAUUAGUCAUAAAAACAAUUCUAAUGUCAAAUCAGGAUUCAGAUCAUAGGGUCGUCCUUAAUGUCGGCGGUAUUAGACACGAGACAUAUAAGGCGACGCUCAAGAAAAUACCGGCGACAAGACUGUCACGUUUGACUGAGGCUUUGGCUAACUAUGACCCGAUGCUCAAYGAGUUUUUCUUUGAUAGACAUCCCGGAGUAUUCGGUCAAAUACUUAACUACUAUCGGACCGGAAAACUUCAUUAUCCAACCGAUGUUUGCGGACCACUGUUUGAAGAGGAACUGGAGUUCUGGGGACUCGACUCUAAUCAAGUUGAGCCGUGUUGUUGGAUGACAUACACAUCGCAUAGGGACACUCAGGAGACACUUGCCGUACUCGAUAGGCUAGACCUGGACACUGAUAAGCCGAGUGACGAGGAAAUUGCCCGAAAGUUUGGUAUGGAAGACGACUACCUGAACGGCACUCUUAGUUGUUGGCAACGACUCAAACCCAAACUAUGGUCCCUUUCAGACGAACCCUAUUCAUCAAAUGCCGCCAAAGUGAUUGGCGUAAUGUCCGUAUUCUUCAUUUGUGUGUCUAUUUUAUCGUUUUGUUUGAAAACUCAUCCCAAUAUGAGAGUACCGAUGAUCAAGAAUAUAACGGUUUGGACGUCAAAUCAAUCCCAGUCAUGGGUUUUGGAUAAGACACAGACCAACCCUCACGAGGCCUUCUUUUACAUCGAGUGUGUCUGUAAUGCCUGGUUUACAGUCGAGAUUAUCACCCGUUUCACAUCAUCACCCAGCAAACUUAAUUUUAUUAAAGGUGCAGUUAAUGUAAUAGACAUAACGGCCACCCUAUCGUUUUACAUCGAUUUAGUACUUCAAAAAUUUUACAGUCAUUUGGAAAACGCCGAUAUAUUAGAAUUUUUCUCAAUUAUCCGAAUCAUGCGGUUAUUCAAACUGACCCGACAUUCGGCGGGUCUCAAGAUAUUGAUCCAGACGUUCAAAGCGAGUGCCGGCGAACUCAUACUAUUGGUAUUCUUCCUGGUGUUGGGUAUUGUCAUCUUUGCUAGUCUUGUCUAUUAUGCCGAACGCAUUCAAUCAAAUCCCGACAAUGACUUUAACUCAAUCCCGUUGGGUCUCUGGUGGGCAUUGGUUACUAUGACCACAGUUGGCUACGGCGAUAUGGCGCCAAAGACAUACGCCGGAAUGUUUGUGGGAGCGUUGUGUGCGUUGGCCGGUGUGCUGACAAUAGCCCUACCGGUUCCCGUCAUAGUAUCCAACUUUGCAAUGUUUUACUCACACACUCAGGCCAGAGCUAAACUGCCAAAGAAAAGGCGGCGCGUAUUGCCUGUCGAACAGCCGAGAGUUAUGAGACAACCGAUUAGAGGAGGUAUGAGAGGCGGCGCCAGAGGUGGCGGUGUUUCACGUAUGAGUGCCAGCAGUACUACCGGUGUUGACGGCCCUGUCGGGCGUAAUGUAAGGCCAAACGCCACAAAAAAUCAACCGAAAGACGCGUUUGACUUAAAGUUGGGAGAAAAUAAGAUUGAAGUCAUAACAAAACAUUAGGGAAAUCAUACUUUAAUUUUGGUAAGGACGAGCCGGUGCCGACCCUUAACGUCAAUCAUAAUAAGGAAG